GCGAGCGACGCGGCGGGCAUCUAGUCAAGGAGGCUGGGCCCUCCCCGAGUUCUUUCCUUUCUCCGUGCUUUUCAGCAUCUUUUCAGUCGCUUCGGCAGGCUUCCGUGGCUUCGGUAUUUUGCGAGCCAAUCCGGGCCCUUGAAGACGCGACAGCUCUGACAGCUCUUGUGCUGCUAGCGAAGGCGUGCCUUCUACGCCCAUGUUCAACCUGUAGCUCUGCAGCCACUCUGCUGAGCGUACUACGUGCGUGCGUGCCGCGAUGAGUGCGCGAGCAUGGUCCGCGCCUUGCUUUGCGCACUCGUCGUGUUCGUGCUUGUGGUGGCAGCUUACCUCUUCCCGCGGCUGCCCAGCCACCGUGCGAUGAGUGUCGGCCGCGCGGGGUUGGGUCCCCCGCGUUUCGUGACGCGCGAGGGUCGGCCCAGCAAGCUCUCCUUCGAAGACAUGCUGCGCGACGAUUUCGAGUUCGACAUGCGCGGUUCGGACGUCAUGGUGUUCCUGCACAUCCAGAAGACGGGCGGCACCGUGUUCGGCCGGCACCUGGUGCGUGACCUGGCCCUGGAGCGGCCGUGCCAGUGCCUGCGCGGCCGCAAGCGCUGCCGAUGUGCCCGGCCCCCGUCAGCGGGCGGCCAGCGCUCGUGGCUCUUCAGCCGCUACUCGACCGGCUGGAAGUGUGGCCUGCACGCCGACUGGACCGAGCUGACCGCCUGCGUCGACCACGCCAUGGAUCGCGCCGAGAAGGCACCCGCCAAGCGCCGGUACUUCUAUGUGACCCUCCUGCGGGAACCUGUAGCCCGUUUCUUGAGUGAGUUCCGGCAUGUACAACGUGGUGCCACUUGGCGGGGUUCCCGCCACUUGUGCGGAGGUCGGGCCCCUACUGCCGACGAGCUGCCCCUCUGCUUCAAUGGCACCGACUGGAGAGAUGUCACCUUCCAGGAGUUCCUGGCAUGCCCAUCGAACCUGGCAGUGAACCGUCAGACGCGCAUGCUGGCCGACCUGACCUUGGUUGGCUGCUACAAUCGUUCGGGCAUGAGUGAGCACGAGCGUGACCUGCUGCUGCUGGCCAGUGCACGAAAGAACUUGCGCCACACAGCCUUCUUUGGCUUGACGGAGGAGCAGCACCUUUCACAGCAGCUCUUCGAGGCUACCUUCGGCCUUCACUUUGUGCGCCCUUUCGAGCAGCUCAAUGAAACACGCAGUACUGCUGCCCAGGGGCGUGUGCCACCUGAAGACCUCGAGGCUGUGCGCAGGCUUAACCACUUGGAUGUGCAGCUGUACGACUAUGCACGCAAAUUGAUGUCCGAGCGGCUGCAGCGCCUUAAGGAACGUGGACCCAGCUAGCUGUCAGGGGAGCCGAUUGACACGGCCUGCAGCUUCUGAUGGACACCUUGCAAGUAAACCAGCUUUCGAGGGUAGUGGUUUUGUGCCCUCUGGUGUGCCACCUACCACAGCAGUCAGAAAUGCAAGGACCAGCACAGCAAGGUGCCCUGCAGUGGAGCUCCAGCAAUCAGAGGAUGGCACCAGGGAACAGGAGGAAGAAACGAGGCCUCUGCUGAAGACUGUGUUGUGCUGGAUGAGCGUCCAGAUCUGUUCCCUUGGUUACCACUGCAAGGGCAGCUAUCCAGCACAUUUAGUGCAGUGUGGACUGAAAAAAUUAUGAGCUCUUGCCCUCACUCGGCCACCUGGUUUUAUUUCCUUCACUUGCUUCUUAGCAAUGUAUAAUUAAAGUGCAGGCAUCUUACAUGCCAUUCUAGUCUGCUAUUCAAAUAGUUAGCAUACACGCUCAUGUAAUUGUUUUUAACUGAAACACCUUCACUGCAUUAUGCUUCUAGAAUAAACCUUAUAAGCGAGUGAGCACCUGUUAAGCAUAGUGCACCAUAAAGUCAUUUUGUUUGAUGGCUAUUUGUUUUUCUUCAUUUGAAAUGUUUGCAGGAUUGGAGUGCAGUGAAAAAUUUGAGCAACCAAUUAUAACAACCUUUUCUACAACCAGAA